UGUUUUGUGGGCGCCACUGGGUGAAGCCGCGAAACCACAUCUUGGGCAAUCUAAAACCUAGCGCGGAAGCCGUCCGCUCCGCUGAGCACGAGGAGGUUGCAGUAGCGACUCCGAGAGACUACCAUGCCUACUGUCAGUGUCGGGCGGGAUCGUCUGUUUGCAGCUUUAGGAAGAACUUACACACAAGAAGAAUUCGAAGACCUGUGCUUCAGUUUUGGAAUCGAGCUUGACGACGUCACUACUGAGAAAGCAAUUGCCAGAAAAGAAAAGCACUUGGAAGAAGAAGCUGAUGAAGAUGAAGAAGUUAUCUACAAAAUCGAAGUUCCCGCCAACAGAUAUGACCUGCUUUGCCUUGAAGGGCUAGCUCAGGCCCUCCGAGUGUUCUGUGGGUUACAGGAAAUCCCUACGUAUAGUUUGGCUGACGUUAGUAAAACUGCAAUGCUCAAAAUGCACGUUAAGCCAGAGACAUCUUUGAUUCGUCCAUAUGUUGUUUGUGCCGUAUUGAGAGGGGUAACAUUUGAUAAAGCAAGAUACAACGGCUUUAUUGAUCUCCAGGACAAGCUUCAUCAAAACAUUUGCCGGCGAAGAACUCUUGUUGCAAUUGGCACUCAUGAUCUGGAUAAGUUGGAAGGCCCUUUUACUUAUGAGGCUUUACCACCUUCAAGUAUAUUUUUUGUGCCACUAAAGCAGGAAAAGAACUUCAGGGCUGAUGAGCUUAUGGAGUUCUACAAAUCAGAUUUGAAACUGAAGAAAUUCCUGCAUAUAAUUGAGGGCUCGCCAGUGUUCCCCGUUAUAUAUGACUCUAAGAGAACUGUUUUAUCUUUACCCCCAAUUAUAAAUGGUGCACAUUCAGCUAUCACUCUGGAGACAAAGAACGUAUUUAUUGAAUGUACUGCCACUGACCUGACAAAGGCAAAGAUUGUUUUGAAUACAAUGGUAACAGCCUUUUCAGAAUACUGUGAGAAGAAGUUUGUAAUCGAACCAGUUGAAGUAAUUUCUUCUAAUGGAAAGUCAUGCAUAUAUCCUGAUUUAUCUAUCUACAACAUGGAAGUUUCUCUUCCUUACAUAAAUGGACUGAUUGGGGUUUCAUUGGAAAUAGAAGAGGUCACCGGACUAUUAAACCGAAUGCAGUUGCAUGCCAAACAAUCUGUGGCUGACAAUAGGCAGUGUAACAUCGUUGUAUCCGUUCCUCCUACCAGAAGUGACGUUCUUCAUCCAUGUGAUGUUAUGGAGGAUGUUGCAAUUGCUUAUGGAUUCAAUGCCAUUAAGGAUAAAGCAAUUACUGAUAAUAAAGGCUCUAAGAGAUUGGCUGCUUCCUUGACAUUACUUCCUUUAAAUGAACUCAGUGAUCUUAUCAGAAAAGAGGUUGCAAUGAUUGGGUUCACAGAGGUCUUGACUUUUAUACUUUGCUCAUCUGAGGAAAAUUUUGGCAUGCUGAAUCGUAAAGAUGAUAGAUCAGUAGCUGUUAUCAUUGGAAACCCAAGGUCUUCUGAUUUUGAGGCUGUUCGAACUAGUCUUAUGCCUGGCAUUUUGAAAACUGUGGCUCACAAUAAGGACCAUCCAAAGCCCAUAAAGAUUUUUGAAGUUGGUGAUUGUGUGGUCUUGGAUGACACAAGGGAUGUUGGUGCAAGAAAUCAACGUCAACUGGCUGCGCUUUACUGUGGUUCUAAUGCAGGAUUUGAGAUAAUUCAUGGCUUGGUUGACAGAGUAAUGGAAAAGAAUGGGGUUCCUUUUGUUUUACCAGGUGAUAGAACAGGUUAUUAUAUUGAGCGGUCAGAUGAGCCUGAGUUUCUUUCGGGUAGGCAAGCUAAAAUCAUUUACAAAGGACAGCACAUUGGCACUUUUGGCAUUGUUCACCCAGAGGUACUAAGCAACUUUGACAUCCCUGAUCCAUGCUCCUUCGUAGAACUCAACAUUGAAAGCUUCUUAUAGAGAUAAUUAACUGCAAAAUGCAAGUGUCUUCAUCAUAUUGUCUAUUGUAAGUUGAUGUUUUUCCCCUUCUUUUGAUUACAUUUCACCUUCAAGCUGUGAAUCGGGAGCUCUACCUCUACUUGGUGCAUCAUACAUGAAUUUCCUGGGAAUUCAGAGCAACAGUAGCCAGGGAAAGGAAAUGACAUAUUUUCCCUAAGGCCUAGGGCUGUUCAUUUAUUUCACAGUUUUGAACAUGAGAAGCUAUUUAUUACUUGAUAGGAAUAACUUUCGAGUUACAUAGCUUUGGCUGGGAAGGAAAAACUUUGAUUUUGGCCAAAUGGACGAUAUUGAUACCUUUGAGAUUUGUGUUUGAUACAAAA